CUUUCUUGGAAUCUUAUCGUCAACACUCACUCUGUUACUUGCUUCCAUUCUCUUCCCCUCUUUCAUUGCAUUACUUGAACAACGGCCUCAUUUAGCGUUUCCUUUCUCUAAAGUGUCAUUAAAAUAUCCAUCUUCAGCCUGUAAACUGCCUUUCAUUUCUAUUGUUCUAUUCGAUCUUCAUUUUUCGCGAUUGCGCGGCAUGUGUCUUGACCUCCAAUCGCAACCGUCAUGAUCAGUCGCCCUCCAUCAUGAUUGAACCUUCUAUUCGCGUCCGUCGGGCUAUUCAUGCCAAUGAUGCGACUCUCCUCCGCCGAAUUCUCAAGACGCAUCCCAAUCUUCUCCUGAACCCCGAUUCUUCACCAUCCGGCCUUUCCAAUUCGAACAUGCACCUAGCAGCCUCUCUAGGACACCGCGAAGUCUGCGAAGUACUACUACAGCUCGGCCACGAAGAUCCAGUCCCUGCACUCAACGAGACCCAUCAAACAGCACUGAUGCUCGCCUCAGCCGGUGGCCAUACCGAGGUUGUGCAACUCCUCUGCGAACACGACAAAACAUGUAUUCUACGCCGCGACAUUCGAGGUCGCGAUGCCGUGAUGGAAGCUAGUCUUGGUGGACACGACACUAUUGUUCAAAUCCUCCUUACCUUUGUCCCAGGGGGACCUUACGAUGCAGUCCGCCGAGCGGACGUGGAGGGAAAUACGGCAUUGCAUUUUGCGAGCGGGAACGGAAACUUGUUGGUUUUGCGAACGCUGCUGGCGGCGGGCGCGGAUAUACAUAAGCGCAACAUUUGGAACUGGACACCGGCUGCUUACAGCGCUACUGUUCAGGCCGAGGUAUAUUUGAAGGGUCUGGUGAAUGAGGUUGGGAAGAGACAGCAGCAACAACAGAAGAGAGGGAUUGAGUCUGCUAAGAAGGGAGGAGGAGUUCGUGUCGUUGAGGCUACUAGCGACGAAGAUUAAAUGAGGCAAAACUUAUUCAAAUCAUUGCUGCUUCCACUAUCGGCGGUACACUCGUAGAGGGAUUCAUUCCAGCCAUUAUAGGACAUACGAAAUGGUCAAGAACAUAUUGCCCGAGUGUAGGGCUUAGGUGAGGCAAGAAAGCUCUGGACCUUAAUCCUAAAUGCUAUAAAUAUUUAGACAAAUUAUCCUAC